UUGCCGUGCACAUCUGUCAGGACCGGGGCUGAAGCAGGCCCAUAAUCCCUGAGACUGGGGUCCUUCAGAAUUGCCCUGUUGCUCACUAACAGCAGAGGGUUCAAGAUUAGAACAACAAGACAACAGGCACCACCACCUCUUCAUGGUGGGGCCAAGGAACUAAAGAAAACUGAUUCCAAGGACCCGGCACCAUGGACUUCAGAGGAUUCUGGCCUGGAAAUUGCCCGGACAGAUUAGUAAGGCUCGCUUUUGUUCCUCCUAUUUCAAAUUUGAUUCUCUGCAAACUGUGAAGAGUGUGGGGGGGGCCCCCCCCCCCCACAUGACUACAAGCUGAAAUCAUGGGGUGCACACCUUCCCACAAUGACCUUGUUAAUAGCGUCGCUAAGAGUGGCAUCCAGUUUUUUAAAAAGCCCAAAGCAAUUUUGCCAGGACGUCAGGGGGGCAGUGAAAGAUGCUCUACCCCUUCGCUGCUUCCCACCUCCACCUGCUAUGACUCUGGGGGAGGCUUGUCCCAGGGACAGAGGCUGGCACAGGAGCAUUCAAGUUCCCAGACCCAAAGCUCGGCUGAAGGUCUUUGUCAGCUCCCAAGAGAUCCCACUGCAGGCAAAGGGAAAGAUAUGGAAGGACUGCCCCCCAAAGCCAAAACCUCCCAAUCCCACCUGGGCAAAUCACAAAGCCGCACGGCUAAGGACAUUCCGUCCAAGACACAGAGCUCCCACGGGUCACCAGGGGCAGCCUCCUCUGGGGAAGCCAGUGAAGAAAGUAACACCCAGGAAAGGAUGCUGAGAUGCCACACAUGUGGCCAACAGGGCCAUUGCUGCCAAAACAGCAUUCCUGCUCACGAGCCUCAGGGCAAAGUGGACUUCCCCGAGCCCCUGGUGAAAGCUCACCAGCAUGCCUAUACCUACCUCCACUCCAGCCUCUCCAAAUAUGAAGCAAUUCUGUGCAUCACCCAUCAGGCCACCCAGACCCAAGAGCUGCUCCAGCCCAUGGUCAGCUUCCUGCUGCUGUGCUUUGAUGAGGUCAACCGGCUCUUGGGGGAGAUCUCCAAGGAUGGAGAAGUGCUCCUCCAAGAAGUUAGGGAGGAUCUGGCGUGGCCAUUGAGGAAAGGAGAGCCCCGGGAGCAGCCGGACCUCCUACCACAGCUUCUGCAGCACACAGUCAGCAAGCUGCUGGUGCUCAGGGGCAUGGUGGCCUCACUCACCGGCAGCUUCCUGGAGAGCUCCAGCAGUUACCUCCAUGCCACUGCGAGCCACGUGGGAAAGAAGCUGAGCACAAAGAGGGGUGUGGAUGAAUGUCUCCUGCGGGCUCUGGGGCAACUGGAGAGCUUGGUGAGUGGCCACAGCGACCCUGGGAUGCAGGGUCUGCCCUUGUGCUCCGAGGACAGUGGCAUCGGUGCUGACAAUGAGUCUGUGCAGCUGGCCGACAAGCUGGGCAAGCAAGCCAGCUGGGACUCAGUGCCGGAGCCCGAGGAAUGGAAACCAGCGUUUCCAGCCACACCGGAAGCCAGGCUCUCAGGACACACCUGGCAGCAAAGUCCUUUCCAGAUGGAUUCAGACCGACCUCAGGACUGCCCGCUCUCGAGACCUCCUAUGGCGAAGGUUCAGCCAGAGGCACAGGGUGGGGCCGGUGGCCCAUGCCCCUCCAGCACGGGCCCAAGAAACACUACCUCCAGCCCCCUGGGGAUAGCCAAAAGCACUUGGUGUGACUCCCUUGGGAUUGGGAUCUCCAGGGAAGCACGUUUUUCUAAAGGCCCCAGGUUGAUGGGCACGUCUUCCCUCAGUGAAGGUGAGGACAGUAGCUCAGAGGAGGAGGAAGACCAAGCGAACAGCAUGAGUCCCUGUGCAUGGCAGGAAAAUUCUUCCCAACCAAGGCCACGGUCUUCACCUGGUAGCCCGGAAAGCCUGUUUCAGCCACACCCCAGGAGGCUUAGGAGCCCCCAAGCCCAGGAAAUGAUUCUGAAGAUGAAGGAAGCAAUCAGCGAAAGGAUCAAGUUUGUCCCUGUGCCCUUGGGGCCCCAGGACUGGCCCGAGGAGGAGGACAGGAGGACGGCGGUCCCACCAAGACCCAGCACAGCCAGUGGCAGCAGGAGGGCCCCUGUGAGGCAGAGGAGGUCCCAGUCAGAGGGCUGUCUGAAGAGCCAGGCCGAGGACCCCACCCUCCAGGAGCUGCGGAGGGUCCAGAGAGACCUCAGCCAGAGGCUGGAGGCAUUUUACGCCCUGGGCUCACGACAGCAGGGGCAGAGCACGGGGCAGGUCCCGCAGCCCAGAGCAGCGGCUCUGAGGCCCGACAACUGCAGGGUCACCCCGAGCAACACCAUCAGCAAGCUGAAGGCCUCUCUCACCAAGAACUUCAGCAUUUUGCCAAGUCAGGACAAAAGCAUCUUGCCGAAAUGUGGUCCCCGCCCUGAGAGUGAACAGCCCUGGUGGCGGAGAGCUGAGGGGCUUCCGGUGGCCACUGCGUCGGGUGAGAGGGCCAGUGAGGCUCCAGGAGCCAUGGACUGGAAUGUCAGGGGCUGCCCCACCAGAACAUCGGUCAAGAAACUCAUUGAAACUUUCAGUCCCACUAAGAGUCUGAGAACACUGGGGGAUUCCAAGGACUCUGGGCCAAACCCCUGCCUCAGGAAAUGGGGGGUCCCCAUCAUGCCUCCCAGAUUUCCCAUUUACAGGGGGCUUGCCCCUUUGUAUCCAAAGCCACAAAUUUCUCCAGCAGCAAGCAGAGACCCCCUCCAGGUGGGGCCAGACUUGAGGCCCCCACCUCCUAUUUUUCCCCCUGUGCUCACAGCAGAAGCAUCCAAGAGUGAGGAUCUCAAUUUCAACUGUGAAACAGAGGAGGACCCAGAGCAUCUCCCUCCACCGCCUCUGGAAGUCCUGAUGGACAAAUCCUUCAUCUCUCUGGAGCCCCCAGAGAGCAGCAAGCCAGCAGGGAGCUCCUCCAAGGAGACCCAUGUGCCAGGGCCGGGAGGGGCUGACCCUGCCCGGAGAACGUGGGCUUCCCCGAAGCUAAGAGCCUCCAUGAGCCCCACUGACCUGCUACCCAGCAGGAGCACGACUGCCCCCACCAGACCCCACAGCACAGGGCCAGGGGGCAGCAAGAGCGGCUGCGGCACCAAAAAGCUCACCUGGGACCUUAACCACCUGCCAGCAACCAGCAGAAACCCAGAGGUGGAGGGCAGCGGGGCUCUGAGCCAGGCACCUGCAGACAAGGCUGCCAGCCUGUCCAAGCAUCCCCAGAAGGCCAUCCCCUGGCACCACUCCAGCCACACAUCUGGGCACAACAGGACCUUGGGACCCGGCCUGGCCAGGCUAACAAGGGGGCCACAUUCUCCUGAGGCCCCAAGACCAAGCCAGGAGAGAAGCGCCCUGCUGGUCAGGAAGGCCUCUCCCUCAAGGGGAUACUGGACACCCCGAGCAGUCAGGAGGCAGCCCUCCUCUCACAGACCUGCCCGGCUAAGUGCUCCUUCUGUGCAUGGCUCCUCCAGCCCACCUGUCAGCCCUCCGGUGAGCCCCAAGGUGCUAAGCCCCCCAACAACGAAGAAAGUAGCUUCCCCAGCAACACGGCAGCACAAGCCGCCCAGCCCUCCCCCCGCGAGCCCACCCACACAUCACAAGGCCUCCAGCCCCCCCACCCAGCACACAGAAGCAAGUUCCCUUUCCUCUGGCGCCUCCCCAUCCCCCCCAGUGUCCCCUACUGAGGGACAGGAAACAGGAGGUUCUGAGAACAAUCGGGCAGCCACAGCCAAAGUGUCUGGGAACACGUGUUCCAUAUUCUGUCCAGCCACCUCCUCUCUGUUUGAAGCUGCGCUGCCACCUUCGACCACCCACCCGCUCACCCCACCAUCACUGCCACCUGAAGCCGGGGGCCCUCGUGGGACCCCCGCAGGAUGCUGGAGGAGCAGCUCAGGGCCACGGCCGAGGGCGGGCUCACAGCGGGGCAUGGCCCUGUGUGCCCUCAACCCUCAGCCUUUCGUCAGGAGGACAGCUUCUGACCGCCGGCCAGGUCUCCGCCUCCCGCUGCCUGUCCCCGGUGCCACCAGCAACACUUGUGAAUCCCCACUCAGCAGGAGCAGAUGGUGGAAUUCUCAAAUCUGCUUCUGCAGUCCAUCUGGUGUGAUAUGACACGUCAUGUAGACUGGAAAACUCCAUUCUACAUUCACGGAAGAAUGAGUGGAAAAGGCAAAUAACAUCUUGAUAUUAUUAUGAAAAUAGUUUUGACCUCAGAGAUUCCCCCACUCAAAACUGUCUCAGAGACACCCAGGGGACAUGCCUUGAGAUGGCUCGUCCUGGAUGUGUGCGAUAGAAAUGUUUGGCUUCCCCACACCCGCAAAGGCCUGCCUCCACUCCUCCUCUGUUCUAGCCUCACCUCUACCUCCCUGUUCAGAGGUGUGUGGGGCAAGAGCAAGACUCUUCAUGGGCGCUGAGUACCAGAACCGGGUGGAAGGACUGCCAUCUCUACCCUCAGCAGACUGAGUUCAUGUGUGCUUUUCCGGUGAGGGCAGCUGGCUUGCAUGUCAUUGGCCCGGCCACGUGGGCAGGCCUGGGCACAAGGCUGCGACGGGCCAUGAGUCACACUGCACCACUACCUGCACACAGAAGGAAAGGCACAUAUGCCCAAGUGGACGGAGUGCAUGGGGACAUGCAACUUUUCCAGGAUGUGGCAUGGGAAGAAAUCUGUCUAUCUGAGACCUAUUAGAGAAGAACUCUUAUCAAUGUGUCUUGAUAUCAGAUCAGACGAAGCUCAACCAGCACGGUCCUUUCUAUCUUCAAAACGCCCACCACUGCGUCAAUCAGCAGUGUAUUUCUGCCAGAGUGAUGCGCGUUACAGACUUCACAAUCUGUUGAGGCAUGAAUGGUAAUUUUUUACAAAGUCCUCGGCAGUCAAUUUUAAAUAAAGAUGUUAUCUAGGGAAAGUUGUGCAUUAUUAUAGUUAUAUAAACUUCCCCAGCCACUUGAAAGAAAUGAAAUAUUGAUUAUUUUUGCAAGAAUCUUAAUGUAAUACUGCUCUUUUCUUAAAUCUAAAAUGAGCUUCCUACAGCACGGUGCUUUUCAUCUAAGAACCUCUAUAAAUGUUAAUGCAUCACUCCUCACUCUAGCCACUUAUUCAGAUAUUACAUUUCUAAAACUGUGCCCUUCAGGAGAAGAGCUUGAGAGAACAGGGACAAUAAAAUGGCAUUAAUUAAAAACACUAACAUUUUAAAACAGCAGGAGCAAUACUAAAGUAACAUAAAAUUGUUCAAGAAGAAAAUAAUGCCCUUCUCUCAGGCUUCUCCUCAGAAUAGGGCAGGCUAAAAGGUUGUUUUAUGUCCUGAAUCUCAAUACUUGGGGAGAUGGGGUGGUGGGGGCGGAGAGAAGUGCUUGCAGCUUGAAAGAAAGGAGGAUCCGUGAACAGGCACCUUCCCAAGGUCACGUGGAAGGUCACAAUAAUGGCUCACACUCCUUCCCCUGCCUCCUGCUAAGACCACACCUCUCAGCCCCUCCAAACUGUGAGCCUAUGAGCACGUGGUGGAUGUGAUGGGAAAAUGCUCAUUCCCCAGUCCCUCCACACCUCCGUCCCUGUCAAGUUGGCAUCUGGGAGGAGAAGUACUCCAGCUAUAAAAGCACUGAGUGGUUUCACCCUCUGCAGCUGCCUUUGUUCCUGCCCUCCUGCAUAUGGGAAACCAUACCGAGGAAUUAGGCAUAAUUUCCCAAGAUCGAGCAACUAGCCAACAAGCCAGCCCCAGAGAGCCUGAAAGACUCAGGACGGGCUGUUUCUGCAAGCAGGGACUGGCAGGGAUGAACCACACCCCACACAUCUUGCAGCAGAGGCAGGCGUGCAGGAUAAACUGGCCUGCAUCUGGCAUUGACCUGCUUUUCGUCAUCCAGGCCGGGCACAAGCCCCUCUUAUAGAAAAAAUGAUGAUGUUUAUCCUCCCAAUCUUGGGACCCAGGGGGUUGGGAACAGUCCUUGGAGGCUUACCCAGGAAGCUCCGUUACUGAGCUCCAACUGUUAUUUAUGUUUUGAAUCCCCUGGUGGGGGUGCCGUCUCUAGGUCUUAGCCUGCUGGGGCAUUGUGAGCGUUCAAGAAGGGUCCAGGCUUUCUCCCCUAAAUGCAGUGCUUUUCGUCUCUGCUUGGACUGGACCACCCCCGGCAGGGGCUCUCUGCAACUUAAACCCCCCCGACCCUAUUUCCUGGAUCAGGCUACCUACCAACUGACCAGCAGGGCAGUGGCUGGGCAGCCUGCCUCCCCAGCUGUCCUGGGACCAGGUAGAACCACAGCUAUGUUGUGGCAACCAGGAAAAUCUGCCUCCUAGCCUGAGCCUCACACAGAUGUGGAACCUGGUUGGGGUUGGGGAAGACGCAGUUCUAGGACAAAGUCAUUUGUCACCUCCACCGACACUACCCACCACAGCCUAUCUCCGGGAAAGCCCCUCCCAUUCCUGCCAGCUACCCCAUUGGGGAGCAGCACAGGGUCAUGGAUGAAGUGCAUCCUACAUCUGGCUUCCCCUGCUCCAGAAGAGGCACCGGGAGAAGUCAGUAAGAUGGGAGCUGGUCCUGCACACAAAAUCACACUUGGUCAGGCAGGGACCGGUCAUGGGGCCAGAGGCCAACCUGGAUGCGGUUGGCUCUGCAGAACACAGUGAGACUCUCACUGCCGAAAAAUCACAUUGGUGCCAAUCUUAGUGCCCACUCCACCCCACCCCACAUUCCUGCCACCUUGAUCCCAUUAGGAUCCAAACUCAGACUUGCCCUCCACUGGUUUGACAUCUCAUGUAAGCCUAAACACAUAGAGCUAAACAUGCUGUGUAAUGAAGCUCCCGGAAGAGUCAAGAACCUGCUGUCACGGGCAGAGAGAAAGACCUUCUGGUCUGUGCAUGUGAGGAGCUGGGUCCAGUCCUGAACCUGAGGUGACUGAUUGAGGGACUUUGGCCCUCAGGUGCCUACAUGUCAUAUGACAGGGUGGUCCCUAGUAUCCCUUCCAGGUAAGACUUCUCGUUCAUGCUACAAAGUGGCAGCACCAGAAUGACAGCUGGCCAUUUAUUGAGCACUUAUCAUGUGCUGGUUAAUAUGCUACGACUAUAUCACACUUUAUCCAAUACUGAUACCUUUGAGUGCCUUAUGAGAUGGGUACUGUUAUUAUCUCCAUUUUACAAAGAAGAGAACUGGGAAUCAGAGAGAUUAAUAUGCUACAGGGCACACUGCUAGUAAGUGCAGGAAUUGAACCCAAACAGCCAGACUCCAACCUCCAAGCAGUAACUACGAGGUUAGCCCGCCAGCGCACAGCCAGUGCAACUUUCUGAGCCAGUCCCCUUUCUUUAAAAAAAAAUUUGUUUAAUGCUUAUUUAUUUUUGAGAGAGACAGACAGACAGACUGUGAGCAGGGGAGAGGCAGAGAGAG